CCCAAGGCUCACUUUCAAAUCAAGAAGAAGAAGAAGAAGAUGAAGAAGAGGUAAAAGAGUCUGGAAAUAUGAAUGAGAAGUGAUUGUUACUACUUUGCUGAGACUUUGCUCUGUCCGACGAGCUGAUGAAUGCGAAAAUCAUCGAGAAAGCUAGUACUGGGGUGAAUAAUGGAAAGAUGGGUUUCCCCAUUAUCAGUGUUCUUCUCAACAAAAGUUUCUAGAAGAUUCGGUCUUGUGGGCUGUUCUCAUAUUCAUACGACCAUCUGGGAAAGGAAAACGAAUGUCAAAAUCCUUUCUUGCAGAAAAAGAAACUUUCGUAGCCGCGAAACAAACACCUUACCGGUAACGGUGCGUCGAUGACCACCACGUAAUUAAAACAGGACGAAGCAUUGAUUCUCUCUCCCUUUCUCUCUAGAUUGAAUCGAAACGUCUUAAAGUAUCCGAUUGUUUGUUGCUGUGCCGUAUGCUUCGAUCUGUGUAUCUGAUUGGAUUAUCUUCAGAAAUAAUUCGUAGGUGUCUCCCCCACUUUUGGACACGGUCGUGUCCUACCCAACAUGAAUGGGUUCUUUCCUCAUGUUAGCCUCAUGAAGUGGGACAUUUCUCAGGGCACCUGCUUGCACCCAUCAGAUCACGCUUUUCUAGGUUCAGCAUUCAUAUGGAUCUCAAUGAUCUUAACAAGGUCUGGGAAAUCAAGACUCUCAGUAAGCAUCGAGAAGGUGAGGCAAGGGAAAUUCUUCAAAAUAUAGCAAAACAAGUUCAACCUAUAAUGCGUAAACGUAAAUGGAAAGUCAAGAUCCUUUCUGAGUUUUGCCCAACAAACCCUUCACUUUUAGGGCUCAAUAUAGGAGGAGGCACAGAGGUUAAGCUCAGGCUAAGGAUGCCAAACAAUGAGUUGAAUUUCUUACCUUACAAUCAAAUUCUUGAUACCAUGCUUCAUGAGCUCUGCCACAAUGAUCAUGCACCUCACAACACUCAAUUCUACAACCUUUUAGAUGAAAUCAGAAAGGAAUGUGAGGAACUGAUGGCUAAAGGGAUUACGGGCACUGGAAGAGGCUUUGAUCUUCCUGGGAGACGUUUGGGUGGAUUUUCCCGUCAACCACCUCUGCCAUUACUACGUCAGAAUGCUCUGGCUGCUGCAGAAAGUAGAGCACGGCGUGGAGCUUUGUUGCCGUCUGGGCCCAGGCAUAUUGGUGGUGAUAGCUCCAUCAUGUCUGCUCUCAGCCCAAUACAAGCGGCUGCGAUGGCUGCGGAAAGGAGAUUACUUGAUGAGGUGUGGUGCGGUUCCAAAUCUUCCAACAGUGAGGGACCUUCUGAAAGCUCUGCAUUUCCAGAAGACAGAUCUGCUCAAGCAUCGGAUAUUAGGUCCAUAACUAGUCCAGAAGCAACAGUUAGUAGCACAAUGUGGCAGUGCAGUUCCUGUACAUUACUAAAUCAACCAUUGGCACUAGUAUGUGAAGCCUGUGGAAUGCAAAAGCAUGGUGGUCAGGGGGUGAAGUCCAACGGCUGGUCAUGCAAGUUUUGUACCUUAAGCAACAGCAUCGGGGCAGAGAGAUGCUUGGCUUGUGGAGAAUGGAGAUACUCUUAUGGUCCACCUGUCUCCACCCGUGGACCCUAUGUUGGCACCUGAGACUGAGAGUUAUAAAUAAAUAAGGACGACACUUUAAAUAGUAAGUCUCCCUUCAAUAUGUAUAUUUCUAUUUUGAUCAUUUAAUCGCAUUUGCUGAAAUGAAAACAUUAUAUGUAUCUGCAUGAUUUUAACUUUCUUCAGUUGCAAUGGCUGACUGCUAUUAGUUCAAUUGAAGUUCAUCGUCA